ACAGCAGAGGUGACAGCGGCACAGGAGCUGGCCAAGAAAGGCAAAAGGGGACUGCUGGAGUUACUGAAACUCAAUUCCGAAGACGACUGGAGGGAGUGGUUAGUGUCAGACUUAGUCAAACCGUACUGGCUAGAACUUUGGGACUAUCUGGCGAAAAACCCGACUGCUAAGCAGAAGCGCGGAGCCGGGCUGGCCCGGAUCCAGGAGCUAAUAAUUAAAGGAGAAGCACGGGGCGUCGCGAAAUACAGCCGUCGCCAUGUCGAGAAAACCGGAUGGGAUCUUAACGAACACCUCGCAUACUUCGUCCAUAAUGUGAGAUCGGAAAACACGCACAGACGGGGGGGAGUGUUCUUUCAGAAGAACCUCCCUGAGAACAUCAUGGACACGGCAAUAUGGACUUUGAAGAACAUUCUCAUACAGAUGCAUAGCCCGUCGCAAAUAAAUAAGCCAAGUGGCGGAAAGGCGAUUUUCGGGGAGACCCUGCCAGAUGCAAAUGAUCUGCUCAUCCAACCAACAUUGGAGGAUUAUGAGAGGAUCUCGAUGCAUGAAAAGUGGCUAGACGCCCAGGAGUACCAAUUCGAUAAUCACGAGGAGGCCUGCAGGAACCUGGGUAUUGUUGAUAAGGCGAACCCCCGAAUAAAGGGCAUGCAGCGCGGGCAAGAGCUGAAAUUUUGGCAGCCGGUCUGCAUCAAUCGUGUGGCUGAAAUCAUGAGACUCGAUUUGCUGCGUGGCGCCAUCAUUGCUGAUGUUGUCGGCGUUGGUAAGACUUGGGAGGCCGUUGCAUUCCUCUUGCAUGUGACUGAGCAAGACAAGACAGAGCCUCCAGAGGGCCGUCCUGUGAUUAUUAUUGUCCCACCCCAUCUCAUCGACCAGUGGAUGGACGAGAUAAUGUCGAUAACUGAGGAAUUUCAGGUGUUGCUCUACUAUGGUGAUGCCCGCCGCCAGGUGGGAAGCUAUAUCAAAGACAAGCUGACAAAAAAGCACGAGAUCUUCAAAGGCGGGCUCGAGAGUGCACGUACUAUUGUGGUAACCUCAUACCAGACAUGGGAGGCACGCCAUGGCCCCAAGCAGUAAAAGCUUGGUGUGGCAGCAAGAAAAAGCCAUAUAACCCCGCCAAUCCGCACAUGCCCCCAGACUUCCCUGGCAAUCUAAAUGGACGCUUUGGAGUUGCUGUGUUUGAUGAAGCGCAUAUGCUUCGGAACAGGGAAUCGGGUAUCUCGUUUGCUUGCACAUGGCUACGUGCCGGGUUCCGCAUCCUGUUAACCGCCACACCCUUCUAUAAUGAUGUACGCGAUUUUCUGGGAUACAUCGGACUUCUCUUGCGCUCGAAUCCCGCUGCAAAGGCAACGUUCACCAGCAGCCGUGUACGCCAGAUUGUCGAGGCCCCUCCCGGGACAGAGGACGAGCGGUUGCUCUGCAGCCAGGAGUUUGUCACCAAGCACAUCCUUAGUAAGGAGGUACAGGACACGAAUACCAUUUCUUAUCGCUUGAGAAAGAUACUGCAGCGACUUAUGAUCCGC